AAUCUUUGUUCUCUGCUAGGUGGGAAAAGGAUUAUCAAUUUGGAGAAAGUGAUGGUGAAUGGGAAUCACGGCUUGUAUAUGCAUAAUUGGCUGCUGAAUACGUAGUGGCCUUGCAAUCUUUAUGUCUUGGGGAAGGAUGAACAUAGUUAAGGGUGUAGCUGACCUUCUUAGGAGGACUUCAAGUGGACAGAGUGGAGAAUCCGGUUCCAGGGGAUUUUCUCUACCUACGCCAAUUAUUCUGUUCAGUGAGGUUGGUGAUGAGGCAAUUUUGAAUACUUUAUGGGGAAGAUACGAUCAUGCAGCCAAUAAGGCAGAAAAGAGGAAGUUACUCAAUAUUUUUCUCAAGCAUUUUUUGAUUACAUACCGGAAUUGGGUACCGGUAAAUAUGGGCCAAUCUCCUGAAGAUGCUUCCCACGUUUCCUUUGUGGAGUAUUCACAACAGGUUGAUGAUAAGGUGAUCGGAUGCUAUUUUGGUCACCCUUCUGAAAUUAUAUUGGUCUUGAUAGAAGGAGUUGCACAAAUAACAGCAUUGCUUUCUGACAACCAAGUGGGUAUUUCAACAAGUCUGAGCAUGGCUAGCGAAUCAUGGCUCAUCUUGGAUGCUUUAACCAUUGUGACUCGAUCCAUGCACAACUGCAGAGUAUUCAGCUACCAUGGAGGCAUUCAAAAGCUUACAGCAUUGCUGAAAGACCAAGUGGGUAUUUCAACAAGUCUGAGCAUGGCUAGCGAAUCAUGGCUCAUCUUGGAUGCUUUAACCAUUGUGACUCGAUCCAUGCACAACUGCAGAGUAUUCAGCUACCAUGGAGGCAUUCAAAAGCUUACAGCAUUGCUGAAAGCUGCUGUUGUCCAACUUAAGACCGUUAUCAGUGCUCUUUCAGCAGAUGAAAGUUUGUCAAAUACUAUGGUGGAGAAAACUGGAAUUUUGCAAAAGGUUCUUGUUUAUGUGGUGUCCGUCAUAUCUAACUUUAUUGAUUUGCACUCAUACCCGGAAGAAAAGUUUCCCUUGAAUAGAAGCAAUAUGGAAUUGUUUGUAACAAGUAGUGAAACAUCAAGUGAAACUUCAACUACCGCGGAAUCUCUAGUUUCUGAAACAAUGUUAUUGUGGCAUCAGAAAUCAGUUAUUUCAGUUAUGGAAGCUGGUGGUCUUAACUGGUUAGUAGUGCCUGCUGAUAGGAUUCUUGUUCUGAGUUUUGAAGUGCUUUGUAGCAUGCCACUGUGUGAUGUAAGCAAUCCCUAUUCUCUGAAUUUCGGAGAUAUUCACCCCUCAAGGCCUCAUGGGGAUUCUGUUUUUGCUGUGAUUGCUAUUAUUGCUCCUCUGUUGCUUCUUCAUGAGCUUAAUUUUAGCAUUUGUAGCUUCUUCUUUGCUGUUUCUUCUGGUUGCUUACUCGAUAUACUUCUGUCUUGGCAGCCUGAAUGUACUGUGUUGUUGGAUGCCCUUGAACAUUCUGCCUAUAAUCUUGAUAUUGCUUGUCUUCUUGCGAAAAGUCUUCUUCGAAUAAUGCACCUUUCUCCAGAGAAAACUGUUUCUUCGUUCAAGACACUUGAUGCAGUUCCUCGGAUGCUCAAAGUUGCAUGUAUUCAGAUACAUGAGUCUAAAAGGCCUGAAAGUGCAAGCCCACACGGGGAAACGGCUAACAGAGAAAUGGUUUUUUGUCAAAGCUUCGAAAUGUCUUGUUCUCCUGAGGCGACUCAGAAUUGGUCCAAAUGCAUUGGAACAUUAAUGGAUCUUUUUGCAGAAUACUUCUCGGUCUCAGAUACUUCAAAAGCUUCUAUUUUGCAUAGUCCCACUAGCAUCGAUUGUAUGUUUGACUUGUUCUGGGAAGAAGGUCUAAGAAAUCACAUUCUUAAAUAUAUUCUUGAUCUUAUGAAGAUUGUUCCAUUUUCUGAGGAGGACCAGAAAGCAAAGUUAUAUUUAUGCUCCAAAUACUUGGAGACUUUCGCUCAUUUGAAGGAAAGAGUAAAGAAUUUCGCUGAUUUAUCAAUUGAUUUAUUGGUUGGGAUGAGAGAGUUGCUCUUAACAGAUCAAUUGCAUUAUCAAUCUUUAUUCCGAGAGGGUGAAUGCUUUUUGCAUGUCGUGUCUCUAUUGAAUGGGAACCUUGAUGCAGAAAAUGGAGAGAAGUUAGUCCUAAAUGUCAUUCAAACACUAACAUACCUGCUUUCAAGGAAUGAUGUCUCAAAGGUUGCUUUUAGAGCUCUUGUUGGCAAGGGUUAUCAAACUUUGCAGAGUCUGUUACUGGAUUUCUGUCAGUGGCAACCGAGUGAAUCACUUUUGAAUGUACUGCUUGAUAUGCUGGUUGAUGGCAAAUUUGAUCCGAAAGCAAGCUCUGUUAUAAAGAAUGAAGAUGUGAUCUUGCUGUAUCUAAGUGUUCUGCAGAAGAGCAGUGACUCAUUGCGGCAUCAUGGGCUAAAUGUCUUUCUUCAGCUACUAAAAGAUUCGCUAUCAAAUCGGGCAUCUUGUGUUAGAGCAGGAAUGCUUAACUUUCUGCUUGAUUGGUUUUCACUAGAAAAUAAUGAAAGUAUGGUCUUGAAAAUUGCCCAGUUAAUUCAGGUAAUUGGUGGACAUAGCAUAUCUGGGAAGGAUAUUCGCAAAAUAUUUGCUCUACUUCGCAGUGAGAAAUUGGGAUCUCAGCAGCAGCAUUUCUCACUACUGUUAACCAGCAUGUUAGCAAUGCUAAAAGAGAAAGGACCAACAGCCUUCUUUGAUCUCAAUGGGAUAGAUUCUGGCAUUGUAAUCAGAAAGCCAAUCCAGUGGCCCCUAAACAAGGGAUUUUCAUUUACUUGUUGGCUCAGAAUAGAAAGUUUUCCAAUAAAUGGAGCAAUGGGGCUCUUCAGUUUCCUCACAGAAAAUGGGCGAGGGUGCUAUGCUUUCCUUUUGAAGGACAAGUUAAUCUACGAGUCAGUUAAUCAGAAGCGUCAAUGUGUCUCGCUCAAUGUCAACCUUGUCAGAAAGCAAUGGCAUUUCUUGUGUUUAACCCAUUCCAUUGGUAGAGCAUUUUCAGGGGGAAGCCAACUGAGAUGUUAUUUGGAUGGUGUUCUUGUAUCCUCAGAGAAGUGCAGAUAUGCUAAAGUUAAUGAUCCUUUCACCGAUUGUAUGAUUGGCGCAAAGAUCAAUUUGCCCCUCUAUGAGGAAGAUAAUGUUAUGCAUCCUGUCAAAGAUUCUUCUCCAUUUUUUGGUCAGAUUGGCCCCAUUUACUUGUUCAAUGAGCCCAUCACUUCCGAAGUAGUGCAGGGCAUCUAUUCGUUAGGCCCAAGCUAUAUGUAUUCCUUCCUUGAUAAUGAAAUUGCAGUUCAUUUGGAUAGUGCUUUAUCUGGUGGAGUUCUUGAUGCUACAGAUGGCCUCGCUCUGAAAAUUAUCUUUGGACUUAAUGCACAGGCAAGUAACGGCAGUAUAUUAUUUAAUGUGUCACCGCUGCUGUAUAAGAAUGUAUCUGAAGCAACUAUAUUCGUUGGUACACAGCUAUGUUCUCGACGGCUUCUGCAACAAAUUAUAUACUGUGUUGGGGGUGUAUCUGUGUUUUUUCCUCUUCUCACUCAUUCUAAUAUGGAAGGAAAUGAUGAAAGUGAUCAAAUUGGACAGACAUUGCUCACGCCUGUAACUAAGGAGCAUUUAACUGCUGAAAUUAUUGAGCUUAUAGCAUCUGUUCUAGAUGAGAAUUUAGCCAAUCAACAGCAGAUGCUUCUGCUUUCAGGGUUCUCGAUACUGGGAUUUUUGCUACAAUCAUUUCCACCCAAGCAACUAAAUUUGGAAACUCUUUCAGCUCUAAAACAUUUGUUUAAUGUUGUUGGAAGUGGUGGCUUGUCUGAGAUGCUGGUGAAAGAUGCUAUUUCUAAUAUCUUUCUCAACCCUCUUAUCUGGUUCAGCACAGUUUAUCGAGUGCAACGCGAACUGUAUAUGUUUCUUAUCCAGCAAUUUGACAAUGAUCCGAGGUUGCUAAAAGAUCUGUGUAGGCUUCCUCGUGUUCUUGAUAUUAUUCGACAGUUCCACUGUGACACUGCGAAAUCCUAUCCAGCUUUCAGAAGCAAACCAUAUCUGCAUGCUACAAUAAACCAAAACACUGGAGAAAGGCUUAACGACGAAGAAAUGCAUAAAAUUCGUCUACUUUUACUGAGUCUUGGUGAAAUGAGUCUCAGGGAGCAUAUUCUGGUGUCAGAUGUAAGAGCACUCGUUGCUUUUUUCGAAACCAGCUUAGAUAUGGCAUGCAUUGAAGAUAUCUUGCAUAUGAUCAUUCGUACUGUUUCUCAGAAACAAGUGCUAGCUUCUUUUCUUGAACAAGUCAAUUCAAUUGGUGGCUGUCAUGUUUUUGUCAAUCUUCUUCAGAGGUAUUUUUAUUCCAAAUUCACAAUAAUGGUUAAGUAUGAAUUUUAUUCCGUAUUCACAAUAAUGGUUAAGUAUGAAUUAAUAUGUCAUAUAUUUUCUCUCUCUCUCUCUCUGUAUCAAGUUGAUAAACACCAGCAAAGCUUCUUGUGUAGAAAAUUGUACAUUUCACACGAAAUAGCCCUCAAGUCUAAUCAUGGUUGUUUUAUCAUUAUUAUUAUUAUUAUAUAUAUAUAUUUUUAUUUUCCUGCAAGCAGCUCUGAGUUACCUCCCGAGUUCCUGGAAUCGGAAAAUUACAAAGACUUCAAUUCUUCUUUAUUUGAGCUCCUGCAAGGGGACCCUGCUGACUACAUAUUUGGUAGUCCACAGGCAUCAAAUCAGCCUGACCUCAAUGAUGUUGGAAAAGUUGGUGAUCAGUGGUGGAAUAUAUAUGACAAGUUAUGGAUCAUUGUUAGUGAGAUGAAUGACAAGGGACCUAGGAAAAUGUUACCCAGAUCUUUAUCGAAUGUGGUACCAUCUUUAAGCCAAAGAGCUCGUGGAUUGGUAGAAUCACUGAACAUCCCUGCUGCAGAGAUGGCUGCAGUUGUUGUGCCAGGAGGAAUUAUUAGCAAUGCACUGGUUGGAAAGUCAAAUAAAACUGUUGAUAAGGCAAUGCUGUUAAGAGGGGAGAAAUGCCCAAGAAUCGUUUACAGACUAAUGGUUCUCUAUCUCUGUAAAUCGUCUCUUGAAAGAGCAUCUCAAUGCGUACAGCAGGUUAUCCCUCUUCUGCCUUGCCUUCUCAUUGCUGAUGAUGACCAAAGCAAGAGCAGACUGCAGCUUUUCAUCUGGGCCUUGCUUUCUGUUCGGUCCCAAUAUGGGAUGCUUGAUGAUGGUGCCCGAAUCCAUGUUAUUUCUCACUUGAUUAGAGAAACAAUUAACUGUGGGAAAUCAAUGCUAGCCACGAGUAUCAUGGAUAGAGAUGGUCUGUCUGAUUCAAGCUGCAACUCAAAAGAAGGAACUUCUAUUCGAAAUCUAAUCCAAAAGGAUCGACUUCUUAGUGCGAUUGCGGAUGAAAUUAAGUAUAUAAAGGGUACAACAACAGACCGAACCAGGCAAUUACAUGAGCUACGGAUUAGAAUGGAUGAAAAUAUCAGCAUUGAGUGUACCCAAAAGAAAGCUUUUGAAGAUGAGAUACAAAGUAGUUUAAAUAUUAUUCUUGCUUCAGAUGAUAGAAGAAGAUCAUUAUACCAGCUUUCUCAGGAUGAGGAGCAGCAAAUUGUUGCAGAAAAGUGGAUCCAUACCUUGCGCUCUCUGAUGGAUGAAAGGGGUCCAUGGUCUGCUAAUCCUUUCCCCAAUAGCACAAUUACACAUUGGAAGCUUGAUAAAUCAGAAGAUGGAUGGCGUCGCAGACAGAAAUUAAGACGAAAUUAUCAUUUUGAUGAAAAACUUUGUAACCCUUCUUCCACAAUGCCUAGCAACGAGGCUCUUCCUUCCACAAAUGAUAGCAAAUCUGGUUUUGGGGCAAAUAUUCCAGAACAAAUGAAACGAUUCUUACUAAAAGGAAUUCAAAAAAUUACUGAAGAGGGGUCCUCAGAGCCUACUGAAAGUACGACUGAAUCUGGUGGGCCAAAGGUCUUGGACUUUGAUGAUUCUUCAGACCAACAGUAUCCAGAUAAGCAAAAAGAUAGUAGUGUGCAGGAAAAUGUGCAAGAUAGAAAAGAGUAUCCAUCAUCAACAGAAUCAGAAAAUAGUGAGGUUCUCAUGUCUAUCCCCUGUGUUCUUGUAACACCAAAGAGGAAAUUAGCUGGACGUUUGGCAAUCAUGAGAAAAUUCUUGCAUUUCUUUGGGGAGUUUUUGGUGGAAGGUACAGGUGGUUCAUCUGUAUUUACAAAUCUCAACUCUUCAGGUAAUUUUGAGCCAAGCAAGCCUGAACAGUUAGGAUUGCAAAAGCAGAAUUUUAUUAAUUUGGAUUCUGAAAGACGAAAUGCCAGUGAUAGCAUAAAUUCAGUCCAUGGAGGUCUUCAAAAGCAUUUUAAAAAUAUUAAGCGCCAUUGGAGGUGGGACAUUUGUAAGAUUAAGGCUGUCCAUUGGACUCGAUAUUUGCUCAGAUAUACAGCAAUUGAGAUAUUCUUUAAAGAUUCUGUUGCUCCAGUUUUUUUGAAUUUUGAAUCCCAAAACAAAGCAAAGCAUGUUGGGAGUUUAAUAGUAGCAACCAGGAAUGUAACUAUGUUUCCAAAAGGACACAAGGACAAGACAGGAAUUAUUUCAUUUGUUGAUAGACGCGUGGCACAAGAAAUGGCUGAAACUGCUAGAGAAGGCUGGAGGAGAAGGGAAAUAACCAAUUUUGAAUAUCUGAUGAUCUUGAACACCCUUGCAGGAAGGUCUUACAAUGAUUUAACUCAGUACCCUGUGUUUCCUUGGGUGUUGGCUGACUAUUGCUCUGAGACUCUUGAUUUCAACAAAUCUUCGACUUUUAGAGAUCUAUCAAAACCCGUUGGGGCUCUUGAUCCCAAACGCUUUGAGGUUUUUGAAGAUAGGUAUCGGAAUUUCUGUGAUCCUGAUAUUCCCAGUUUCUACUAUGGUUCGCAUUACUCAAGCAUGGGAAUUGUGCUCUUUUAUCUUCUUAGAUUAGAGCCAUUUACAACACUCCAUCGUAAUUUGCAGGGUGGUAAAUUCGACCAUGCGGACAGGCUUUUCCAAAGCAUUGAGGGAACGUAUAAAAAUUGCCUAUCUAAUACAAGUGAUGUGAAGGAGUUGAUUCCUGAAUUCUUUUACAUGCCAGAAUUUCUCAUUAAUUCGAACUCCUAUCAUUUUGGAGUGAAACAAGAUGGGGAGCCACUGGGCGAUGUUUGCCUCCCACCUUGGGCCAAGGUAUUUGGAUAAAUAUUUAGUAGUGGACAUU